AUGCCCGAUGCCUACAAGCGCCUCUCUUUCCCAGGCCGCUCACACUCUCCAAGAAGCUCGUCCAAAUCUCUCGCACAUCAAUCUGCUACGCUCGAUGUUGUGAUUGAAUCUCCUCCAUUGGUCUUCUAUGGGCCCGCAGAAUCCAGCUCUGGCGCAUUACUGUCGGGUCAAAUCGUCCUUAAUGUCCACGACGAGGCGUUGCCGAUUGAUUCGUUUAAGAUGCGAUUGGCGCUGGAGGUGACAAGGAAGAAGCCGUUCCACGCACACUGCCAGGAUUGCAUGCAUCAAUCAACUGAUUUGACGACCUGGAAUUUCCUCCCAGGCCCUGCAACUCUACGGAAGGGUGAACAUAGCUUCCCAUUCAGCUUCUUGCUACCCGGCAGCCUCCUCGUCACAGUCAAGAACGGUCUCUCUAUAAUAGAUUAUGUCCUGAGAGCAACCCUGUCUCCUAAGGUGGGCGAGCCUCUGAAGCUAUCCCAUGUCCUCAAUGUUAAGCGAGCGAUAUACCCCUCCGAGUUACCCCGCCACUCCAUCCGCAUUUUCCCUCCUACGAAUCUCACAGCGAACUGCACGCUACCAGCGGUUAUACACCCCAUUGGUGAGACUACCGUACAUAUGCGCAUGGAUGGUAUCUUGCAACGAAAUACAGAGACCAAAACUCUGACACAGUGGAAAUUGAAGCGAUUGACAUGGCGUCUGGACGAGACGCAGAAGGUUAUAUCACCUGCAUGUACGAAGCAUGCUGCGAAGUUUGCCAACCCUGAAGAAGCCAAGAAGGGUGUGGCACAUCAGGAGGUCCGAACACUAGGUACAGAAGAGCUCAAGUCCGGAUGGAAGUCAGACUAUAGUGGAGCAGAUGGUACCAUUGAAAUGGAAUUUCCAUUUGGGAUCAAAGCCAACAGCAAUCCGAUCUGCGAUAUGAAGGCCGACGAUGGAACCGAGGUUUCACAUGUCCUGAUCGUGGAGAUGAUCGUUGCGGAGGAAUUUGCACCUCUUAAGAGGCCCAGUCAGCUCACACCAACAGGCGCUGCCAGAGUUCUGAGGAUGCACUUUAACAUCACGGUUACAGAGAGGGCAGGCCUAGGAAUAUCUUGGGACGAGGAACAACCACCCACCUAUGAGAAUGUUCCAGCUAGUCCUCCUGCCUAUAUAACGGCGAAGCUGUACGAUGGAGAACCAAUCCCAGACUAUGAGGACCUGUCUCUGGAUCACACUGUCGACGGUGCAUCUGAAAGAAAUGCUACUGCGGUCAGCGCUCCUACCGGUUCUGGACACUCCACCUGA